GAUUAUUUGAUUUUUGGAGGAGGGUUGAUUUGAACACUGAAUGUGUUUUUUUAGAACAAAAAGAAUAUUUCAAUUGUACUCUAAGGCUAUUGACUUGACAUUAAAAAAAAAAAAAAAAAAUUUAAUGCUCCAAAACAUGCCUGUGAAUUAUCCUUAAGUAAGCAAUAAGCAUAUCUAGUACAACUGAAUGCCUUUGAAUUAUCAACGAUUCUCCUAACUACUAUAUAAACUAGUCUAGCAAGCAACGAAUAGUGGCGUAAUACUAUUAAACUAUAUUUUCAGCCCAAAAAAAAAAAGACUUGACUGAAUUCUCCUACGUACCUACCGCCUUCACUUUGUAUAAAACUGGUCAUAGCAAUGAAUAUAGGAGUACUACUAGUUUACUACUACAUUUUUCACUAUGGGAUGGUCAUUGUGGGGUUUGACAGUUCUAGUUCAACUUCAUGGGCACAAAGGUUGCUUUGAAGAAGAAAGGAUGGGUCUUUUAGAAAUCAAGAAAUUUGUGAGGUCCAGCCCCAAUGUUACAAAUCAUCUUCUCCCUUCUUGGGUUGAUGACCAUGAGAGUGAGUGUUGUGAGUGGGAGAGAGUCACUUGCAACAUCACCACUGGUCACGUGACCCACCUCUCCCUCCACAACAUUAGGGAUUUUAUAGAGUAUGAUUAUUAUGAAAAGCACAACGCCUGGUUCCUAAAUGUUUCUCUAUUUGAGACUUUCAAGGAGUUAAGAAGUCUUAAUUUAUCAUCAAAUUACAUUGUUGGUUGGGUUGAGAAUGAAGGUUCUAUAAGUUUGUUGAGGUUGAAGAAGCUAGAGAGGUUAGAUCUUGGUUCAAACGGGUUCAAACGGAGUAUUAUACAAUCAUUGAGAUUACUUAAAUCACUCAAAACUUUGAGUCUUCGUUAUAAUAAUUUGGAAGGAUCCUUUCCUAUUGAAGAACUUUCGGUUUUCGAAGACUUGGAGAAGUUGGAUUUAAGCAACAAUGAACUCAAUGGCUCCCUAACAAUUCAAGAUUUCAAAAAUUUGUCGAAGCUAAGCAAGUUGAAGCACCUAGACCUCCGUGGCAAUCAUUUCGACGAAGGGAUUUUAAGAUCUUUGGGUGCACUGUCAGCGCUUACAUCCUUGAAAUUGGAUAAUAAUGAAAUGGAGGGCCCCCUUUAUGACCAAGGUAAUGCAAGUCUAAGAAGCUUGGAGGUCCUCAAUUUAGGAGGCAAUAAUUUCAAUGGUUCCUUGCCAAAAUAUCUUGCUAAUCUAAGAAGCUUGGAGGUCCUUAAUUUAGGAGGCAAUAAUUUCAAUGGUUCCUUGCCAAAAUGUUUAUGUGGACUCAAAAGACUUGAAGAGUUAGAUCUUAGUGAGAAUUCUUUUGAAGGGACCCUUCCAUCUUGCCUAUACAAUUUGACAUCUCUUCAACAGUUAGAUCUCUAUGGGAAUCAGUUCCGAGGAAACAUUUCAUCUUGGAUAGUUGACCUUACAUCCCUUAAGUAUAUUGAUCUCAAUUAUAACCUUUUUGAGGGUUUAUCAUUCAGCUUAUUUGCUAAUCAUUCCAAGCUUGAGUCAUUUCAAUUUAGUUGUUAUAACGAGAAGGUUGAUAUAGAAACAGAAAAUUCAGACUGGGUACCCUUAUUUCAGUUGGAGUCUUUAGUGAUAUCUAACUGUUCUCUGAAUAAGCUAUCCCAUCAACUUCCGACAUUUCUCUUUCACCAGCAUAGCUUGAGAGAACUUGAUCUUUCACACAAUGGGUUGAAAGGACCGUUUCCUGAUUGGUUGUUUAGAAACAAUACUAGGCUAGAAUCUGCCAUUCUUGACCAUAACUCUUUCACCGGUCAUUUUCAUUUGCCGCUCUGUCUUAACUCUACUUAUGUGAUAGAUGUGUCAAACAAUCAGCUCAAUGGAAAGCUUCAACGAAAUAUUGGGGAGAUCCUACCAAAUAUUCAGUACCUACAGUUAUUCAAUAAUUCUUUCACAGGUUCUCUCCCAUCCUCAUUUGGUAAUAUGAGUCUCUUGGACACACUCGACGUGUCCCUUAACAACUUCUCCGGAGAAGUACCAAAGGACUUAUUUGUCGGUUGCUCCAGCCUGUCGAUCUUGGUGUUAUCCAAUAAUUAUUUUGACGGCCAUUUAGAUUGGGUACCUUUAUUUAACUUAUCUGGGCUAUAUAUUUUAAACAUAAAUCAUAAUCAGUUCUCCGGAGCUAUUCCAAAUGAAUUACCCAAUUUCGUGGAUUUUUCUAUCUUGGAUGUUAGCAACAACAAAAUGUCGGGUAGGAUUCCUACUUGGAUAUGCAAUUCAACAUAUUAUGGUGGUAUUCUCAUGCAAAAUAAUAAUUUUGAAGGUCAAAUUCCAUGUGAAACAAUUACAUCUGAGUUUUUGGACCUUUCUCAUAACCUCCUUGAUGGAUCUUUACCUUUGUGGUCAAGCACUCGGUUAAAACAUUUACAUUUGGAAGAGAACAACUUUUCAGGAUCAAUACCAGAACCAUUUCUCAAUAUGUCGGAGCUUUGGACAUUGGAUAUCAGCGAUAAUAAAUUGUCAGGCAGCAUUCCCAGUGCCAUCAGUAAAACUUCCAACUUAAGAAUUUUGUUGCUGGGAGGAAAUCAUUUGAGUGGCAAUAUUUCAACACAGUUAUGUCAACUGACCAAUAUAACUUUAAUGGAUCUUUCAAGAAACUUAUUUUUCGGGACAAUACCUCAUUGUUUUGGACACACACUGUCUUUUGGUAUUUUUGAAGCACGAUAUUCGCAACGGGCAUUUGGUAUUUUCUUCAAUGGUAGUCGCGAUCCUGCGCCUUACGUAGCUGUUGAAAUUAACUUUGUUACCAAAUAUAGGCUUAGCUCUUACAAGGGUGACAUUCUUAUGUACAUGUCAGGUUUGGAUUUAUCCUGUAACAAUCUGACAGGUGAAAUCCCACUUGAACUUGGACAGCUACAAAGAAUUCAUGCACUAAACUUGUCUCACAAUCAAUUGACAGGUUCCAUUCCAAAAUCUUUCUCAGACUUGACUAAUGUAGAGAGCUUGGAUCUUUCUCACAAUAGAUUGAGUGGAGAAAUUCCUCCACAAUUGAUUGAGCUUACCUUUUUGGAGGUGUUCAGUGUUGCUUAUAACAACUUAUCAGGUAGGACCCCAGAUAUGAAAGCCCAAUUUGGAACUUUUGAUGCAAGCAGCUAUGAUGGAAAUCCAUUUCUUUGUGGACUGCCAUUGGAGAAAAAUUGCACCGGGAGAGAUGAUUCUCCAACGCCAAUGCAUUCCUCAGAUGUAAGUGAUGAGAGAUGGUACAAAGUUGAUCAAACGGUGUUCUUCACUAGCUUUUCAGUCACUUACAUCAUGUUUUGCCUAGGAGUAAUUACUGUUCUUUAUAUCAACACUCAUUGGCGACUGUGGUACUACAAUUUGGCUGAGGAUUGCAUGUAUUCUUGUUAUUUUUCUAUUGCAAUUUCUCUACGUAAGUUAUCAGCCUAUUUGUAUAAUUAGCUAAGGUUACUUCCUCAAUAUCUGGGAACUUUUAUUGUAACGAAUUUUAUAUCUAUGUUGAUGAAUGAUGGACUAAGAGCUUAAGAAGCAGAAUCAAUUGCACUGUUAAAUUA